UUGGUAGUAUGUUUUAUAUAUUGGAUAAUAUCUUGAGUGUGAUCUCUUUUUGUUUUCUCCUCCCCAGCUGUGUCCAUGCUGCUGUGUAACGCCGGGCUGAUGGACCAACUGCAGGCUACUCUGAACCUGUCCUCCUCUUCCCUCUUUCCUACGUCUACCCUGCUGUGCUGCUCUCGUCUGCUCCUGUCCACUCUCGUCACCCUGCAGCACACUCAUUCAGCUCAGGUCCAUAGAAGCAUCAGGUUGAACCUGGGCAGCACGGUGCAAGCCCUGGUCCUUGGGAAGAGGAAGACAGGCAGCCUCUUACUGGCUAGAUCCCUGAGGCUGCUGCAGGCUGUUCUAGAUGUUGACCUGGAGUCUCCAGUGCUGUGUGUGAGUGUUGGCCCCAGGGCAGGACAGAGGCCCCUGGGGGACACAGACAGCUCUCUGUACCCGCUGGGAUCCUACGGGGCCCACUGCCUCAUCACCACACUCUAUGGCCUCCUGCUGCAGUGAAUGACCUGCAGAGAGCUGGGACCAAAGUAACAAAG